GAUUGGUUUGCAGCCCUCGAAAAACUCAACAUCCCGAUAGUAGGGGAGUCAAAUGACGGACUAGAAGCAGAAGGUUAAUUUCUGUCUGUGAACAUCCACCCUAUAAUAAAACUCGUUGGGAGGCUCGACGAGGCUAUCAAGAUCCAAACAUUGAUCCGCCCAACUUCAACGUCCAGAUCAAAUCGCAGGCUGCAAAAAUCCUAUUCGAUGGAGGGCAAGCGUUCGACGCCACUAGAGUGGAAUUCGCCAACAACCCAUUUACUCAGGAAGAGACAGCCUUCGCGGGCCGUGAGGUCAUUCUUGCUGCAACAGCUAUCUACACGCCACAAUGGGUAGAUGCUGAAGCUCUCGGACAUUGGACCAAUCUGGAACCUCUUGAGAUACCUGUUGUCAUCAGCUUACCAGGAGUUGGUAAUAAUUUACAGGGCCAUGCAACGCUUCGUCUUUCAUACAGCUAUACCAAUACCUCAGGGACGGAUACCAACGACUUCUUUCUCAACUCUACAUAAUGAGGAGACUGCGGCCUACUUCUUGGGUUCAAGAACUGGACCUUAG